AUGCGACCUGAUAAGCCGCGCGAUGUUGUCGCUGGUCCAGACACUGGUCCGGAAGCCCCUUAUCCAAUCCGACUCUCCGGCCCGGUGAUCAAAGGUUUUGGUCGAGGAAGCAAAGAUCUAGGAAUUCCAACAGCCAAUAUCCCCGCCGAUGACCUAUCCGAGAAACAUCCCGAGCUGUCAACAGGUGUCUACUACGGCGUCGUAGCGCUUGAUCCCAAGGAAUUCGCACAAGAAAACGGAUUAACCGGGGACAUCGAAACCACCAACGAGCCUAUUCUCCAGCCUGCAGUGCUGAGCAUCGGGUAUAACCCAUACUACAAGAAUACAGUGCGCUCCGUGGAAAUCCACAUCAUGCCCCCUCUUACCCAGCCCUCCCCUACAGCAGUCGCAAGACCUAAGUUCAACCGACUCCCGGAUUUCUACGAUACACACCUCAAUCUACUUAUUCUGGGCUAUAUCCGACCGGAAUUCGACUAUGUAUCUGUUGAUGCGCUGAUUGAGGAUAUUCGUCUUGAUUGUGAAGUUGCGAGGGAGAGUCUUUUGAGGGAUGCUUAUAAGCGGUAUCUUGAUGAUAAUACACAGGGAGUUGAGGAUAUCAAUGAUGAUCGGAGGUGGUUGUCGAGCUUUUAG